ACGCUCCAAUCAUCAUUUCAUUGAAAAGCUUCCAGCGAACGCUUAGCCAACCACCCACCGCCAUCGAAACAGAAAGCGAGCUUUACGCCUUUACUCCCAUGGAAGGAGAACGAGCCGAUCCUCCACCUCCGACGAUCAAGCCGUGGGGUUUGCUAGUCCCUUUCUCCAUCUUCCUACUCCUCUUCCUCCCUUCCUUCCUUUCUUCUUCCUCCUCCUCCCGCCCCGCCUUCAUACGCACCGGAUGGGAUGCCCUCAACUUCGUCCUCGUCGUCUUCGCGAUUCUCUGCGGCGUCCUGGCCCGCCGGAGCGACGACGUCCAGGGUUCUCCUCCCGCAUCCUCCCCCAAGGCCUGGAUCAGCGACCCCCCUACGCAGCAGAUUCGUCGGUUGCGCAGCAGCAGCUCCUACCCAGAUCUGAGGCAGGACCCCGCGUGGGGUGACGCUGACGACGGGUGGCGGUACUAUGACGACACGCAGCUGUAUCGCAGGAGGCCGGAGUUACGCGUUCGAGAAAAGCAGCGCCUGGCAGAUUGGACAGGAAAUGUCAUUGAUACGGUUGCUCUCCGGCGGAGCCCUUCUCCGAGGUCGAGAUCUCCGCUUCCUCCUUCGCCUCCUCGUAUGGCGCCGCCGGAGCCGCCGUCGAGGAUGACUGCACAUAAGAUUCCGAACGAUUUGGUAGACAAGGAAGUGAUAGCGGAAAUCAGGCAGGAGCUUUCGCCGUCCUCUCCGCCUGCGGCACAACCGCAUCUGCGACACCGAAGGGGGAGGAGUCUCGAGAAGCUUCCGGAAAGGGAGAUGGAGCGCAAGAGCAACCCCAGAACUCGCCAUCGGAGGAAUAGGACGGUGGAGGAUGUCCGGGAUUGGGAGCUGGAGCAAGCUUAUAAGUUGGGAGGUCAAGAGAACCAAACAUCCUAUUCAGCACCAGGGCCGCCACCUCCGCCACCACCUCCGCCGCCACCUCCUGCGUACAGAAACCCUAAGAAGAGAAGGGGAGGUGGAGCUAAGGAUAUCGCCGCUGCCAUCACUUCAUUCUACCAGAAGAAGAAGAAAGGAAGCAAGUCGAGGAGAAGCCACGAGGAUUUGUCGCACUACAUCGAGUCGGAUUCCUUUGGUCGCCCUCCUGCGCCGCCACCGCCGCCUCCGCCGCCGCCGCCGCCCCCUUCCUCUGUCUUCCGCAACCUUUUUUCUCAUAAGAAGAGUAAGAACCGGAGAAUCCACUCAGCAUCUCCAGUUCCUCCGCCUCCCCCUCCGCCUCCACUUCCCCAAUUUUCAACUCAGGUUUCAAAGAAAACACCACCAUCGACACAUCCACCAACCCACUGCUCAAGCAAGCAAGCACCACCGCCUCCUCCACCUCGUCCUCCUCCACCACCACGACCAAUCUCCUACAAUAGGAAACCGAAGGCUGAUCUUUUUGAUUUCCCAAUCUCUCCUCCAUCUCCCCUACUCCCACCCCCUCCACCGCUGUUCUCGGACAAUGAGGAGGUCAGCACCCACAGCAGAAAAUCCGAUAGCACGGCAACAAACAUGAUGCCGUUCUGCCCAAGCCCUGAUGUUAAUGACAAGGCCGACCUUUUCAUUGCUCAAUUCCGCGAAGGUCUGAAGUUUGAGAAACUGAAUUCAAUUAGAGAGAAGCAACGAGUGGACGACCAGCAGCAAGAAGAAGAAGAGACCAUGAUUUUAGGCAGCCUCUUUGAUGAUGAUCUUAUCUGAAGCAAAUUCAUGCUCCAUUAUCUCAAGUACUUCCAAGGACGAACUUUUACUUUCACAGGUAAUUUCUCAACCAUUGUUUGAUUUGAACUAGUAAAAAAAAAGAGUUAAAGUCUGACUUUUGUCUGUAAAUUGAGUUCUCGUGUGGAUUGGUUUGCAUGCAUUAGGCUUGCACAUUACUGAGUAUAGUAUGUUUUGAGUGUAUAGUGGCAUGACAAAAGAAAAAAGAGGAUGAGAGUACCUAUGCCUUUGUUUUGUUGGCCAGGCUUCUACACUUACACAAUUCAUUGGAUGAGCAGAAAGUGAUUGUUGUUUGCUUUUUUGAUAUAGUCGAAUGCAAUAUAUAUUAAUGAUUGAUUUUGGAUUGGUAA